CCAGACUACGAAUACUUCAUGCACUCCGUUCACACAUUAAUGCGUGAAUUAGCAAUUGGUAAUAAUAAUUCGGAGGCGGACUACCGAGGGAGCAUUUUUGUUUGUCACUGUAGUUGGGAAGUGAAAUCUCCUACCCAGCGACAAGUGAGCCCGUCCCAAAAGCAUGCCUACACGUUACAGUUCUGCAAUCGUUCACUUCUCAUGGUCCCACAAGACCUAUUGUGCUUGGCAACCAAUAACCCUCAAGUUUAAUACUGGCUCUUGGAGCAAGAAUUACGAUUGUCCUCUCACUUUUCUGUGUCAAGUCUGGGCACGUCUGCCCUCUUCAUGUACUUGAUUGGGCAAUAACUCAGGCCUCGGGUAUUUAAGCCGUCAGCAAGAUCUGCUGGAAAGACUGAGUAAUCGGACCUUUAGGGCCUACUGCUGCAGUUUAUGGGAGGGCUGUCAGGGAAAAGUUCAUGCAGUGACAGUGUGUUGCGUUUCCUCCAUUUCUAAGACUCUUACUUUGGACUGCAGUUUAUCAGAAGACCAUCACCAGUAUAAUAAAUACCCACUUGAUCACUGGAUGCACUUAAAGGUCGCAGCAGCAUGUAAGCCAUCAGUAAAUUAUGCACUGCCCAGCAACGGUGACAAGAGACCACAACCAACUCAAAUCAAAUUAAGCAGCCAACACACAGACAGUAAUAGGAACAAAAUGACGACUCACGUGCACGCAGAGAUCGCAAGGCAACCCAGUGUUGGGGAUUCCUACAUCAGGUAUUCAUUCGAUCUGGAUGUGGAUUACAUCACCGAAAGGCUGAUCGCUGUUUCCUUUCCAGCGGGUGGAUUGGAGGCCCAGUACCGCAGCAACCUCCGGGAUGUGGUGAGAAUGCUGAGAAGUAAGCAUCAAGACAAGUAUGUCGUCUUCAAUCUGUCCCAGAAGCGACAUGACAUCAAACAACUCAGUCCUCAGGUGUAUGAUCUUGGCUGGCCGGACCAUCUCGCGCCGUCAUUAGAGAAGCUUUGCAGCAUCUGCAAACACAUUGAGACCUGGUUGAAAGCUGACAGCCAUAAUGUGGUAGUACUACAUUGUAAGGGUGGAAGAGGCCCAAUUGGAGUAGUGGUGUUGGCCUACAUGAAUUACAUCAAUAUCACCUCAAGCGCUGAGACUGCCAUGGAUCGGUAUGCUAUGAAGCGUUUCAUGGAGGCUAAGACAGAGUCGUCCAUGCACCCGUCCCAGCAUCGCUACGUCAACUACUUCACGGGACUACUCACCAAGUCAAUACAAGUCAACAGUGCACCGCUGUUCUUGCACCAUGUGCUGAUCCAUGGCGUGCCUAACUAUGACAUCAAUGGAGGUUGCAGACCCUUCCUGAGAGUAUAUCAAGGGAUGCAGCCCAUCUUCACAUCUGGAGUAUACUCAGUGCCGGAAGGAACAAGCCAAUUUGCCAUCACGUUGGGCCAGGCACUGCCAAUCAGGGGGGACAUCCUGGUCAAGUGUUACCACAAGAAGUUCCGGGCCACUACCCGGGAUGUGGUCUUCCGUUGUCAGUUUCACACCACGGCCAUCAUGGAGUGCCGGAUCGUGUUCCAAAAGAGUGAUUUGGAUGAUGCCUGCACUGAUGCACGGUUCCCAGACUUCACCAAAGUGGAGUUUAUAUUUUCCCACACGCCAGACCGUCUGCACGGCAGUGACUAUGUAGCCGGCAGUAACUUCCCCGUAGAUGAAAUGGAUGAUCCCCUGAUCCGCUGGGACUCCUAUGAGAACUUCGACAAAACCAUUGAAGGAGGAGACUAUACCCCUGAAGUGAUUGACUUGUCAGUCAGCAUCAACAACAACGUCCCCCACAGCUCAGCUCCAGACGGCAGCCUGUAUGCCGAAGUCCAGAAGACGCCCAGUCCCAUUCAGCACGACAAUCCGUUCUUUGCCAGCCCCAGCCCGACCUCGCCAGCCUCCAUUUCCCCGCGGUCCAAUCAACUGUUGCCUGUCAUACCCAACACUUUGGACUACGAUGCAGGUCCGCGCAGCCCUAUGCAGACCACGCAGCUGGCCGUGUUGCGUGCCAAGAUGAAUGCUCAGAUGGACCCAAACUUUCAGCGUACCCCAAGCCCACGCACCCCUACUAGUGACCCUCCCAGCCCCAUGCAGCAUCCCCUGAGCCCGACAUUGGUCCAGUUUGCAAACGGGCCCCAGCAGCCGACUGACUUGUCCAACGGACCAAGACAGUCGCCGGAGACUUCGACUCCACUACGGAGGGAAAUGAAUUACAAGGAGAAACGAGACUUGGAUGAUUUGUUGAGGGGAAUCGGAGAAGACGUACCGGCCCUGAGUAGUCCUGGUAGCAUUGGAUCAGGAGAGGCUGGCGAUAAAAGAAGAAUUGUUGAAGUUGAGGCGCAGAUGUCUCAUCUUCCCUCUUUAGAAUCAGGACGUUCUCCGGCCCCGAAGGUGUAUCAUCCUCAGUUUCGUAGUACGCAAGGAGAGCUUGAAAACCCCUAUGCGGAGAUCACAGAUGCGGUUCAAAAACGGGACCCGUUUGUUAACAACCAAGCGAGCCUGCAAGACCGUCCUGUUGAGGAGAAAAUUGCCUUCAGUCGGGUUGAGACAGUUGAGAGUAGCAGAUUACCUGAUUUUAACAUGCAAAGAACUCCACAGUUGCACGACAACCCCACAUACGCCGUGACAAAGGAAAACAACCAGUACCCACCAGCCGGGAGGGCGCACGAUGGUUUUGAAAACACCAGGGCUCCCAUACAACAAUUCAAUUCGUCACCCUACCCCCAAACCUCCAAACAGCAAGAUGUUUGGCAGCCGCAGCCACUCCGAGCCAAGAAGGAACAGUUGAUGUUCAUUUACAAGGAGGAUCCGACGUCUCCACAGGGACCUAGUGUCUCACCCGCAUUCACUGGAGAUAACGCACCCAGGCAGCCACCGAACUACGAGCCGACUCCAUCGCCUUCAAGCAGCACCCGUGCAUCAUCAGAAAUCGGGGAUGACGCAAUGACCUGGCUUCAGAGGCAGCAACAGAAGCUCAAGGAGAAGCGUCAGCGGGAAGGAGCUGCGGUGCACGCCACGUACCAGACCCCCAAGAGGGAACUGCCGAAAGUACCAGAACCCAGACAAGAACCUGUUCCGGAACCGCUGAUACAGCCCCAGGUCCAGGUCCCUAGGGAGCAGGCCCCUAGGGAGCAGGCACCCACUGACAAUCUGACCUGGUUGGAAGAGAAACAACGCAAGUUGCAGAUGAAGAGAGGGCAAAUGGAUCCCUCUUCAAAGCCUUUAUUUAUUGACACAUCUCUACCAGGACCAUCUUAUAGUUCAUCUUUCUCCCCACCAAGGACUGACUCCUCAGGUGUUAGCAGCAGUAGCGCCGCUAACGGUCCCCUGCCUCGGCCCCAUCUGACCAACUUGGAGAAGUCCGUCACCCAGCAGCUGUCCAGCUCCCACUCUCCGAAGGCUUCGGUGGAUGCCGGCCCGCUGACGCCGCCCAACACCUACGAGCACGACGGCAGCCCGUUGUGGCAGUCCAAUCAACGAUCACUCAACCGACAAACCUCGGACAUCACCUACGACCGGGAGAGGCCCGUGGUGACCCAGAAGCGCCAAGAUACAGAGCGCGCUCCUCAAGCGCCGACGUAUGGGAUUGGCGAUGGUAUAACGACACUACCUCCAGCCGGACCGCACUCGAGUACUCUGAAAGAUAAUGCUGGAUCUGUCACUCACCCUCCUCCAACUUCACACCCUGGCUCCCAAGACAGUCAGGAUGAGACUCUUAAUGUCCUAACGACCCAAUGGGUCCCGGGCCUGUCCAGCGAUUCUGGCUAUGCUUCCUCCCUCUCCUCCACCGUAACCGGAAACGAACCCGUAAAAUCCGCUAAGACAACAAGAUUUGUUGGUGCCGACGGGAGCGAGACCACCACAACUACCACAACGCAAACCCGCAAGAAGAUCCUCCAUGUGUUCCCGCAGAAGGCGGGAUUCGACAUGAAACAGCUGCCCCUGCUGUUCAUGCAAGAGAUCAGGAAAGAUGAAAGUGGGGGGUUACAGAGCCGGCUUCUGGGACUCAUGAGAGAUAAGGGUGUCGGGGGGAGUCCAACACUAAAACGAAAGCCAGUGUCUGAGCCCGGUUGUAGGGAACCAGUGAUUUCAAGAGGGCAGGGGGACUUACAGAUACAAGGGGGAGGCUUACUGCAAACUGUUCAGUCACAUUCUUCCGCUGCCCCUCAUGUUCCGUCACCUCCUCACAUUCCACCACAAUAUACUCUGCCAUCAGAAAGCAUCCCAUUCAAACCAACCAUGUCUUCUUCAUUAAAAUCAUCCUGGUCCAAUCAGUCCAUCCCAAAUCAUUCUCCUCAGUCAUCAAGAAUGUCCCGCUUUCAUUCUACUCCAAGACGCCAAAUGAUAAACUCCCCAAAGAGAGACCCCAGAUGGACAGGUGACUUGGACACAAACCGAUCCCCUCAUUCAGUAACCUUUUACAAAUCUGCACAGAAGCAAAAAUCAUCCAAGUCACCCCCAACACAAACCCGAUCGCAGUCACUCCCAAGAAACCAAACAUUCAAGGGGAGUUUUCAAAGUGACUUCCCAGAAACAAACUCUUCUCCUAUGUAUCCAAACCAAACCUCUUCGCCCUCAGGUGUAACACACUUCACACCUCAUGUAUUGUCAUCUGACUCUGAUGCACGGCUUAACAGAAAUGCCACCUCAUUUGGUGGCCCACGCUACCACUCUCUUCCGAGAGAUGGACCUCUGCAUUCCUCUCACAGCCGAAGUUACAUGCAUGAUACAAAUUCUGCUUCUCAUCCAAAGGCAAAGUAUAACAGAUCUAAGAUGAACCCUUCAGAAUUUGGCACUUCUCAGAAGUCUUGGCAAUCUGGUUUUCACAACUCACUGCCAAGGACUGUAAGGCUUACUCAUGAUAACCUCCCUGACUCAGAACCAAACACAAAGUUAACAACUAACUUUCCAAACUUUUCAUGCUCAACCCCUAGGACAAGACAUGCCCAUUUUCUGGAUCCUAGCUCUAGAUUUGAGCGAGUGGAUCCAUAUGCACAAGGUCCACAUGAUGACUCAAUGCUUCAAGCAAAUCCCGCACCAUUCAUAGAUGAUACCCGUCUUGUCCUUCCUGUCCCUUCCUACAACUGGGUCAUGGAUCGAAUCCAGACACUUAGGCAUUCGUCCGCUAACAAUUUGAACUUGUUUAGUGGCAAAGACAGUACAGACAUGGAUUGGGGAUCCAGUACAAAAGCGAGACUGGUUCAAAGUAAGCAGGGUUUAACUUUAAGGCAAUCCGAUACGGAUGUUGGAAGGCGUCCAAAGCAAGGGUUUACUGAUAGGGUACAUAAUCGUCCUCUUGGUAGAUUCCGGCAUACCGGUAAGUCUGAGGGAGGAAGCAGCAGUCAGAGUCAGGAUGUAUGGCUAAGAAGGGAGGACUAUGAAGCUGAUCAGAGAGAGCCUCGAGCACUGUCUGCAGACACAGUAGGAACAUACAGCUCCACUAACCACCAGAGAGAAGAUCUCGGGCAACGGAGUAGCGGACAUCCCGUCGGAAGCCACAACGUUGGGACCAUCCCUCUUCAGCAUCUGCUACCCCGAAACACUAACCAUAAGCCUACCUUGUCUAAUCCUAAAACCUCAAGUGGUGUAACCCCCAGGGUGACGGAGGCUGUGCCUGUUGGCCAGACCACUAAUCCCACUGGUAACAUUAACCUCAUGGCCGGCCUGGAAGAUGCCAUUCGCAUGCUGUCUGAAUGGACUCACCUCCAAAACAAAGACCCUGCAAUUGCAACAGGCAGGCCGUCUACCACUAAACAUAACCUGCAUGUGACUGACGUGCACAAAGGGGGUGAUCUAACUGGCCCAUCGAGGCAGACUAACCUGGCUAACGGGUGGACCGGAACCAGUGCUAAAUAUCAGUCAAAUGCACUACCUAGGCAACAAGCAGCUGCUCAGAACGUGCCUGGACCGAACAAGGCUGGCGUGAAUGAUGCAUACAAGGUGGACCUGCAUAUUGAUGAAUCUAACAUAGAGGAACCGCUCAACCUUGAGGGCAGAGUAGCUGACAGGGUUGCUGAUAUUACAAGCAAAAAUGGUAGUGACCAACCCAUGAGUCAGCCGCCUCCCGGACCUCGAGUCAAACCUGGCAAGGCCAAGCAAGUAACGAGACGCACCCCUCAGCAGUCUGGGUACGACUCAGACUCAGCCAUACAUCAGUACUAUGAUCCACCCAGUCCGAGUAUCCAGGGGAAAUCCCCUGAAAGAUGGCUGCACAAUCCCGGUGGUCUGCCCAAUCAUGAGAGCGAAUACUGGGACCGGAUGGAGGGUCUGAAGACGCCCAAUCUCAAGGAGCAGUGGUCUCGUAAACCAGAGUACGACGUAGGCUCAUCUAAUGAGAGCCUGCCCAAUGGAGGCGCCACGCCCAGAUUUCCGGUUGGACCAAAGGCUUACAAGAAUAUGAUGUGGACACCACUUGCAACAGUACGCCCACCGCACGGACCAGAUGAACCGUACCCUCUCUCCCCAAAAGGACGCGACAAGAGAGACAUUUUGGACACAACCGGUCUCCAUAUCAGUCCCGCUCGGCAAACCUCGACUGACACUGCUAGUCCCAUGAAUGUCGCAAGCACUACUACGGCUGCAGCUAGCAGCAACACACCCACAACCCCUGAAGUCAUCACUGUGACCCAGAGGAGAAUUGUUCAGACGGAAAGAAUCGUUGACCAAAAUGGCGUAGCAGCAAUAACGCCAGGUCCUAGCCCGAGGGAGGCUGUCGUGCAACAGCCAAUCACGGCCAAGGUGGAACGCGUCCCAGCUCCGGGGACUCAGGUGGAGAGAAAAGCCGUUCAGAAUGGGCAGUACUACCCAGUGGAGGCCAGAGCGGAGCGGAUACCGGUCACAAAUUACAGCAUCCAGGAACUGGACGGCCAAGCCAAGCCCGUCAGCCCACGCUACCAGGCCAGCGUGUUUCCACCGUCUCCCAAGAAAGAGGUUACCUUCCAAGAUGCCCGAGGGGGUGUGCCUGAAAGGCCAACCGGCUCACAGGCUCUUGUGAAAGAGACCGAGAUUGUACCAACUGCGAAAAAGACUGUUGAGGUUGCCCCGGCUUGGCCAAUUGAACUCGAAGUGCAUAUAAAGAACGAGGGAAUAGCUCCCGCUAUUAGCGAUGUUCACUUCAAACGGGGAGCGGCUACGCCUCCCAACAGCCCCCAACAGCUCUCUCCAGGAGCCCAGUAUCAGGUGCCGUUUGUACAGGAGCCACCUGUGAAGCCAGAAGUAAUCGAAAGGGAACAGGUAGACCCUAAGUUCAGCCAUCAGCUGCAGAAUCUGUCCAGCCAGCCGCCCCCGCCACAGUACCCGACGUACAGCGAUCGCAUGAGAAACAGACCCCCAGGGCCAGCGUAUCCUACCUUCAGUGACCGGCAUCGGAAAGCCGCCGCUGGUCGAGUGGAGGAGGUCCCGCCUCAAGUAGCCAAUGGAUAUCAUACCAUGUAUGAUAACAGGGGAGUGGUCAAGGCCAAACGGGCUUCCACGGGCAGUGAAGGGAUAUUACCAGCCCGUUCUGCUCACCAGCGGAAGGCAUCAGAUGGCAGUGUUGGGCCAGCCCAAAGUGGCCGUACCACUCCGUCCAAUUUCUAUUUGAUGCAGCAGCCCUCACCGUAUUCAAGUUCCCUCUCGCUUGCUGAUACCAGUGUAGACAAGGUGCGUUUUGUGAAGGAUCUCUCUGCCUGGUGGUACAAACCUCAUAUCUCCAGAGACGAAGCCAUCACUAUGUUGAAAGACAAGUGUCCUGGGCAGUUUGUAGUCCGAGACAGCAACUCAUUUCCUGGCGCCUUUGGACUCGCUGUCAAGGUUGCCCAGCUACCGCCCAAUGCACCACCUAGCAAGAAAGCUACUGACCCAGCCAGUGAACUUGUACGUCACUUCCUGAUCGAGCCAAAUCCGCGAGGUGUUCGUCUCAAAGGUUGUGCUAACGAGCCUAUAUUUGGCAGUCUAUCAGCGCUGAUUUACCAGCACACACUGACGCAGCUGGCAUUGCCGUGUAAACUCCAACUACCAGAAUCAGAUCCGUCAGGGGUGGAUGCUGCAGACAGUGGUAUCGACCCCAAGUCAGCACAUGCUCUGCUAUCUCAGGGUGCAGCUUGUAACGUUCUAUAUCUGGCCACCAUGGAGAUGGAAUCUUUGACUGGCCCAAGCGCCAUACGAGAGGCCACAAACCGACUGGUGAACCUCAAGGAUAAACCAAAGAAGGUCGUAGUUCACUUCAAGGUCUCGCUGAAGGGAGUUACACUGACAGACAACCAGAGAGUGGUGUUCUUUCGAAGGCAUUAUCCAGUUCAGUCUGUUCUGUACUGUGGCAUGGACUCGGGCUCAAGAAAAUGGAAGAGGAAAGAUGGAAGUGAGGAAUCUCAGGCUAGGAUCUUUGGUUUUGUGAGUCGCAAGCCGGGCUCCAAGACAGACAACCAGUGCCAUCUGUUUGCCGAGUAUGAGAUGGAACAACCAGCGUCGGCCAUCGUUAGUUUUGUAACCAAAGUACUUCUUGGCUCUUCCGUUCCCAACCAUUAAGGAGGGGUUGCCAUUGGGCAAGAAAAUGGAACAGCUCUUGAAUGAAUGACGUGUAUCAGGAAUCUAAGACUUUUUUUUUUUUUUAGCCUAUUGUGUGGAGGACGAAAAGUAGACAUCUGCCUUUCUGCUAUCAGAAUAGCAGAUGUAACGUUUUGCGAAAAUGCAUUUUCUACUUUUCUGCUUUUCUGCAGAAUUAUUUUACUUUUCCUCUUUUCUUUCGCUCAAGUAGCAGAAAAUCAGAUUUAACAUUUCCGACUUUUCCAUUCUCUCCUUUUUCAUUUCUGCCAACUGAAAAGUAGAUUUUACCCAGGCGGCCGAAGAGUGGCCAUCUGCUUUUCUCCUUUCAGAAAAGCAGAAAAGUGGAUCAAACGUUUUGACAACAACUGUGUAUUCUACAUGUACUUUUCUGCUUUUCGGAUACCGGAAACGCAGAUUUUACUCAGGCAGCCGAAAAGUGGCCAUCUGCUUUUCAGAGCAGAAGAGCAGAGUCAAAUUUGUGUCCUCCACUUUUCGUCCUCCAUACUGUUGGCCAUAUUUUAAGCAAAUGCGGGUGCUUUUACAAUAUUUUCUGGGUUCAAAAAAAGACUAGAAAAAUCCCGCUCAUUGAAGAAGUUUAGUAACCUGACUUCAAUCUAUAAAAACAAAGAUUUUAUGGUUGUUGGACAGCUGGGGAUAGUUUCUUUGUUUUGGCUGACAAAGUUCAAGCGAUUGACCCUCUGAAAAGACACAAAGGCAAAAUGGUGUGAUGGACAACGGACAGUGGCAUUGAUGGUAGCGAUACCUACCAACCAUUUGGAUCAAUUCAUUGAACGAAACGGGUAGUCUGUUAGAGAUGGUGUAUUAAAAAUGUUCAUGUAAAGUGUCAAGCUCAUGACAUUACAUUGAACGCGAUUAACUGCCAAAUAUGUAAAUAAAUUUUUAAGAGUAAUUAAACUUCGGAUUUCAUCUUCAUGCAAGUUAACGUUAUAAUAAGAGAAACCUUGUAUGCAUUAACAUGUUUUAUGCAAAUUUCAUCCGAAUUGAACAAAACAAGCUCAACUCAAUUUAAAAAAAAAAUAGUAUUUUUAGAUUUCUAAAUUAUGAAAAUAUAUUCUUAUCUAUUUAAAAAUUGUAAAAAAAAAAAUAUAGUACUGGAGUACUUUGAAGAAGGAUAAGUUUUUGGUUUUUGGUUAGUGAUGUAUUUUAGCUGUGCCAAAAUGUGUUUGGUUGUAACUCCUAAGCAGGGUAUUUAGAUAAUAAAGUGUGUUGACUUGAAUUUGUAUUCAGUCAUAUGUGUGCUGGAGUUUGAAACCGUUUGGCAUUUGAUGAGAUUAAAAGAUCAAUUUUUUGGCCCUUUUUUGGGGGGCCAAAAACCAAGCCAUGAAAUGUGAGUUUUCUGGACAAAAAUCCAGGGCCAUUGAAGAAACAGGUAGGGAUGAAUUCAUUGGACGAUACUUGUCAUGUAUAUUUACUGUACAUGUAUUAUGUUAUCCUCUCAUAGAUUCGAAUUGCUAGUUGGUGUAAAAUUAACAUAAAGUUAAAUUUUGCCUUGUACAGUAAAGCUGUCAACAUGUUUCUUGUUUCAACUGAUAGAUUCAUGUGCGGGCUCGGGUGUGGAAUGUUAUUUGGAUUAAAAAAAAAAGUGGUUGUGACAUGUAGUUGUGCAGUAUUCAUUUUCAGACUCAUGCUUGUAUUAAAGCAAAAAAAAACAAAAUUAGAUUUUUUAAAAAUUAAUGUCUACCAGUUUAAUUUCAAAAGUAACUUUUGAAAUGCAUUGGAUAGAUUUUGCGUAUUCAGACAUGCACUAGUGAACCUGCUUGCCCAUAUGUUUUUUAUAUAAAUCAAAUAAAUAAGGUGCAUUGGAAAGGGUGCAUUUUUUUAAAUCAUCAUAUUCAUUGACAGUUAAAAAAAAAAGCUGUGGAGUAUCUAGAAAGGCAGAAAGUAUAUCAGCAAAAUAAAUCUGUCUUGCAAACGCAAUUGAUGUCAUAACAUCUUUGAAUUGUAUUUUUCUCCUUUUGGGGGAUGGGAAUUGGAUA